UCCGGGGAGGAGGCUGCUCCAAACGGGGCUGCCGGCCUGCUCGCUAGGCGGGGGCGCUGUCUCUUUAAGGAGGAGGGUGCCUGGAUUGGAGCGGGGGUGGCUCUUUUAGUCUCUGCGGGCCUGGGCUGCUUCCCGUGCCGGGCUCGCGGGCCAAGGGGCCCUGUUGCAGCAAUGCCCUGGCUGGCGCACCUGGGCCCUCCGGCGGCUCACCGCUCGCUGGGCUCUGGGGCGCUGCUCCAAGCCACCGCACGCAUCGUCUGGAGCAAGGUGGGCAGCGGCUGCAGCAGCCCCAGAGCAGCAGCGGGGGCCCCGCCGUUCCUAGGCGGCCAGGUGCAGGCUGUCCCCGGCGGAGGAGAAGCUAGAGCGGCUCCGCCCAGGAGGGAGCCUCGACCCAGCCUCCGACGGGAGUGCAGCUGGCUCGUCCUGGGGGACCUGCGCCUGCAAAGCCCCCUCCGCUUCCUGCCCCCAGCUGAUCCCAGCCGCCGGGCCGGCUGCAGAGCUGCUCAGGCGGGUUAUCUGCCCCCCCGCCGGGGCUUCGGAUACAGACAGCAGGUGCAAGAGGACGCGGAGUUCAGCCAUCUGCAGCCCCAGAUAACUCUGCAAGCAACUGCCAGCAACUUCCCCAGCAGCAGCCGCGGCAGCUCCGGGAAGGACACAAGUAGAUCCCCUGAAAAGGAAGUCACAGAUCCCAGUGAUGAGGAUGAGAAGAAACCCAACAAAUCCCAGCAGCUGAAAAAAGUUUUUAAAGAGUACGGCGCUGUAGGAGUUUCAUUCCACAUUGGAAUUUCAUUAAUGUCUUUGGGAAUAUUCUACCUGGCUGUUUCAAGUGGUGUGGACAUGACUGCAGUUCUCCUAAAACUUGGAUUCAAUGAAGCAUUGGUGCAAUCCAAAGUGGCUGCUGGUACAAGCACAUUUGUGUUGGCCUAUGCUAUUCACAAAGUGUUUGCUCCAGUCCGAAUCAGCAUUACCUUAGUUUCUGUGCCAUUCCUUGUCCGAUAUUUCCGUAAGAUUGGUUUCUUCAAACCUCCUGCCUCAAACCCAUGAUGAAAUCUUUUUUUUUUUUUUUUUUUUAAAAAGUCAUGUUCAUAUAGCUUUUAAAAGUGCCGGGCAACUGCAGUUGCCCUAUUUGGACUCAUGUUAAUACUGAUCUCAUCUCACAUUUUUGCUUUCAGGAAAAUGUUAACCCCUUCCCUUCCCUUCCCUGUUAAAAUGGUAUCUGAAAACUCCUGCCCGUGAUAACAUAAGCACUUACCUACCAAUGAGGAAACUGUUUAGAACAUACAUCUUAGUCUCUUUACAACUCAGCCAUUUGGGCCUUACUUUUUUCUUGGUGAAACACACUUGCUACAGUGCAGCACUAGUUCAUAAUAGUGUAUUUCAGGAACUAAACUAAGAUUGAAUUCCCAUUUAAUUAUUCUCUGAAGCAUACUCUGUCCUAUCAUGUGAAUGCCUCUUUUGAUACACAAACUCAGUGCUUAGUAUUUAUCCAUUGCCCCUUUAAAAUAAUUUCUUGCUCUGAAAAGGCACUCUGGCCAUGCUGUACUUCCAUACUUCUAAGUUGUAUGGAUGCUGAGCAUCACUUAAAAGCUCACUCUCCUGGUUGACUAGCAGCUGGCCCUACUGGAAUCUUAUUUAUACUAGAGUGCUGUAGACUAUUUGGGUGAAAUCCUGAUUCCCCUGAAAUCAAUGGAAGUUCUGUUACUGACUUCAAGGGGACCACAAUUUCAGUCUGUGGGCAUGAUCCAAAGCCCAUUGAAGUCAGUGGCAAGGCUCUCAUAGGCUUCAAUGUGGUGGAUCAGGCCCUGUAUUAGCAGACAUAUCUACAACUGAAAACAAGCUGUAGCAGUUUCUCAGCCCCUGCAGAAGAAGCUCAUAUACAUUCCUGAAGUCCAUAUGCUAUAAUUCUGCAGACUGUUGAAUGCACUAGCUAGUCACUUGAUUCUUAUAUUAAACUAACAUGACUUAAUAUGGGAGUGAUCUAUACUUUUAAGACUCUUUAUUGCAUAGCUCACAUCAGAUACCAUUUUAAAGUGCUAUUUCCUUUGAUGUUUGAGUUGUCAAUUUGGCUUGCUGUUCACAACUCAAUAUGGCAUGUUUCUACAAACUGCUGCAAUGUCUAUAAUUCAUCAGGUCAAGAAAUCUGCAGGUCUGAGCUACCUACUAUGGAGUGCAUAUUAACUAUUUUAAUGUGAACAGAAAAAAAAAGCUUAGUUCUGAUCUCUGCAGUAAAUUCCAAAAACUUACCCAUGUGCUACAUUGCUCUUGCACUGCAGAAGUAUUACCGUGAAGUCACAAUAAGGGUAUGUCUACACUGUGGAUCGAUGCUGUGGCGAUUGAUCCACUGGGGGUCGAUUUAGCAGGUCUAGUAAAGGCCUGCUAAAUCAACCACAGAUUGCUCUCCCAUUGACUCCGAUACGCCUCCAGAAUGAGAAGCAUAAGGUAAGUGGAUGGGAGAAACUCUACGCCCAGUGCAGUGUAGGCACUGCAGUAAGUCGACCUAAGCAACAGCAACUCCAGCUAUGUUAUUCACAUAGCUGGAGUUGCGUAACUUAGGUCGACUUAAUCCUGUAGUGUAGACUAGUGGUUUUCAAACUUUUUGUCUGGGGACCCUGUUGAAGAAAAUGAUUGAUGCCCGCGACCCAGCAGAGCUGGGGAUAAGGGGGUUGGGGUGUGGGAGGGGCUCAGGGCUGGGGCAGAGGGUUGCAGUGAGGGCUGCUGGGUGGGGCUGGGAAUGAGAGGUUCAGGAUGUGGGAGGGGGCUCUGGGUUGAGGAUGAGGGGUUUGGGGUGCAGGAAGGGGUUCUGGAUUUGGGGGGGGCUCAAAGCUGGGGCAGGAGAUUGGGGUGUGGGCUUACCUCAGGCGACUCUCAGUCAGCAGUGCAGCUGGGAUGCAGAGGCAGGCUUCCCGCCUAUCCUGGCACCACAGACCAUGCUGUGCCUCAGAAGCGGCCAGCAGCAGGUCUGGCUCCUAGACAGAGGUGCGCAAGCAGCUCCGUGUGGCUCUUGCCCGCAAGCACCAACCCCCCUCCCCAGCUCCUAUUGGCCAGUUUCCAGUCAAUGGGAUUGCGGAGCCGGUGCUCAGUGCAGGGACGGUGUGCAGAGCCCUGUGGCCCCCCUGCCUAGAAGUCGGACGUGCUGCUGGCUGGUUUGGGGGCACAACGCAGUGUCAGAAUAGGUAGUCACUGGCCUGCCUUAGCUGGGCAGCAUUGACGAUGGGACUUGUAAUGUCCCUGGGUGCUGAGCAAGGUGACCCAGAGCCUUACAUGCUGCAACUCAGUACUGGGUCGCUACCUGAACUUUGAAAAACACUGGUGUCAACUUGCCCUAAGUCAGAUUGACCUAAAUGAGCACUUGGUAGUUUUAGGCCCAAGAUUUAGAAAUAUAUAUUAAUUAUGAAAUUAAAUAGAAAUAUUUUCAGUAGCUUUAUCUGGAUUUUCCUCUGCAGUGUUGGUGAAACAAACACUGCAGCAUAAUGCAAGUGAAAUGGACUAUAAACAGACUAGUUCACCUACAUCCUCCAAGCUGAGGAAAGUGCAAAGAACUAAGGAUGUGUCAAUGAUGAUUCAAUUCUAACUUAUUUAUCCUUUUAAAUAAUCAGUUGAAAAAUACUUCUUAAAUAUUUUAUCACUGUGACAAUGUUCCUAUCCUAAAGUGGAAUUUAGUAUGUACAUAUAGCCAUGCAAUACAGAGUGCCCAAGACUGGGUCCAAAAUAAGCUAUUGUGUACACCUCAAGGGAUUUUGAUGACUUAAGGCUAGAUUGGCAGCUUGCAAACUGCCCUGAGUAAGGGGCAGCAUAUAACUGCACUACCCCAGGAGCAGGGGCCAUAUUGUGACUAAGAGUUGCAGUGUGGUCCCUGCUUCCUCUUUGCUCCAUGGGAGAUGUAAGAUGCUAGCCUUCUUUCUAAUGUAGCUUAAAUCACCUUCUGCACCUGUUCUGCUGCUCUGGCUGACUCACUGCCUGGCCAGGAGAGAGAAUUAGCUGCUCCUAGGUGGCUGCAUUCCCUCUUGCAUUGUGACCCAUGAUGCAGGUAGUUUGUGCAGAGACAAAAUGGGGUGCCUCACAUCCCUGCAAUGGUGUGUAAGCUAGUUUGUGAUCAACUUAUCAAGCAGAGUUUACGUUUCAUUUUAGUUUAAUUGCUGGAAUGUUUUGAGUUUUUCAUUGAAAUUGCCUUCUGGUGAUGCUACUGAAUAAUGGACUUUCUGGAUAAAAUUGAAAUAUUUUUAAAGUAACCUUUGAAGGUGGUGGUGGUGGUUGCAUUAACUCCUCACAACAGUAACUUCCCUAGUCUCCUGUGAUUUGCUAGCCGCUAAAACAUUGCGGGGCCUUUUAAAAAAAAUAAUUCCGUUUGACCUUGAGUAGAAUGUCUAAAUUUCCUUAAAGGAAACAUUUUUGGUUUUAUUCCCUUUCCCAUAAUUAUUUAUAAUAGAGCCAUUUUCUCUGAUGGGCUCCCUAUUGCUUUAUAGAGAGUGCAAUAGUACUCAAGAUCAGAGAAGUCACUUUGAUACUAAAGAUAUAGCAAGAUACAAAAAAUCCUACUUUUUAAAAUAUUCAAAUUGUCAUAUCACUUUAUUCUUUCAUUUCUAAGUAAAAUGUGUAUUUUUCUAUUAUCACUAUUAGAAAAACAAAUAGCAUUCCAGUCCUUCUAUCUGUUACUUCCUGUAAUGCAGUCAUGAUUUUAUGGUUUCUGGAAACAAUAUUCACUUUAAAAAUCACCAGCGUGCCAAGUUAAUUUAAUUUGUAAUUAAACUGCACUUGUCCCCUUUAAGUGAGAUUGAGAGACUAUUUUUUUACCUCUGAAUUAGACAAAUCUGGUUGUAAAAACUGUCAUUUGUGACCUUUGUUUAGAUGAACAUUUUUGCAAUAUAUUUUAAAUCAAAAAUAUAUUUUGAAUUUCUGAAUCCUCCUGUGUAAGCUUAGAAAUGUGAAAACAGAAUUAGUUUGUGAAAUAGUAGCAAAGGCCUUAUAGAAUUGGCAACACUGGUAGAAAAUACAAUAAAAUAUUUUUUUCCCUUCUA